AUGACGACACCGGCUGAAAUUGUUAAGGAGAAACUUAAGGAAGUUGUGUUAUUAUGGAAUUCGAAACGCGGGAAGGAAGUUGUGAUUAAAUUUUAUGCUCCUGAUGCUUGUGUCUCCGAGGGUGGCGUCUCCUACAAUGGUCACGAUGAAAUGCUGAAUGUGUAUGAAAAGUUUCAAGACGUGAAGGUCGAAAUGACACCAGUUGAUGUAUCAUCACCAUCUGAUGAUUGUGUCGUUCAAAAAUGUGCAUGCGAAUGGAAUGGUCAAGAUCGAACUUGCACACUGACAUGGAAAAAGAUCGAUGGUGAUUGGAAAGUUAUUCGUGAAGAGUGGCUUUGA